CCACAAAAUAACACAGAUCAGAUCAUACACACCGCCGGCUCGUGGAUCACUUCACUCCAUCGCUAUUCCAUUGACUGCUGAGCUUCCUGAAAGCGAGUUCGUUGGUAAUGGGGCGCCAAACCAGCAGCAGCAAGACUGAGGCCGGCGGCGAGCAGCACCGCAAGGAGGAGAAGCACCACAAGCACAUGGAGCAGCUCGCCCAGCUCGGCGCCGUUGCCGCCGGAGCAUACGCGCUGCACGAAAAGCAUAAGGCAAAGAAGGACCUGGAGAAUGCCCGGUCGCACAGGAUCAAGGAGGAGAUCGCAGCCACGGUCGCCGUGGGUAGCGCCGGUUUCGCCUUCCAUGAGCACCACAAGAAGAAAGACGCCAAGAAGAACGGCCACCACCACUGAUCGAGCUAGGCGAUGGUCGUAUGCUAUUUAUACAUAGGCUGCACCUGCACCACGUACUCUAGCUAUUUGUACGGUUAUACGACCGUUUCAUUCAUUUCCUUUUCUUGUUCGACAUUGUGUCUAUCUUAGUUAUGCACACAAGUCCUCUAUAUACAUGCACUACGUACGGACUAUACUCGAAAA